GGAAAACAGAUUUCUAGGAGGUAUUUGUCCGUCUGGGAACAGGUUUGAAGGGAAAUACGUUCUAGUGUAGUUUACUCGUAGAGUAAACAUUUUCUCUCACGCUAUAGAUUGUUGAUAGAUAUCUUUUUCCAUAGCUGACAGAAUUACAAUUCGUUUUCAUAAUGACUUGGUCUGUAAGCAGUUUCAUCACUCUGGUCGUUCUGUUCCUUUGGCGGGUCGAAGACAUUGCAGAAGCGUGCAAAUGCGCCCCUGUGCAUCUUCAACAGGCUUUUUGCAGUGCAGACGUCGUGAUCAGGGCGAAGGUGGUUGGAGUGACUGUUGGGUCUAACACCAAGUAUGACAUCCAACAGAUUAAGAUGUUCAAAGGUCCUGACCGGGUUAUCCACGCCAUCUUCACUUCAUCGUCUUCAGCCUCGUGCGGCGUGACUCUGGAAACCAACAAGGAGUAUCUCAUCACCGGCCGGCUGAAUACUGCUGGAAGGAUGCACAUAAUAACGUGUAACUUUAUUCAGUACUGGGAGGACCUGGGUGGCACACAAAAGAAGAGCUUGACUCGACGCUACCAAAGCGGCUGCGAUUGCACGAUCAUCCCCUGCUCUUCCCUCCCCUGUCCGGUCAGCACCCCAGAUGAGUGCCUUUGGACGGACUUGUUGUUGGCAGAUGGCCAAAGCGGACCCCAAGCCAAGUACUUUGCCUGUCUCAAGAGGAGUGAUGGGUCCUGUACCUGGUACAGGGGGGUGGCUCCAUCCAAUAAGUAGUUCCUGGAUAUUGAGGACUCCUAAACGCUACAGGCCAUCCGCUCAGUGACUAACGAUACCUGCAAUUAAUAAAUGACUUAAUAACUGGUCACUUGUGUAAUAAAGAAAAAAACUACUACUCAAA